CAGUUUCAGUUCAGUAUCCGCAUAGUAAUAUUGUGUUUAUUGCAAACGAUAUUUUUGCUUUUUCACGGAUACAUUACAACGAAGAGACGAGUCGCAAAAUGGCGUAAAAUCACGUGCUAUCGAAAAACCAAGCGUCUCAGCAGGGGAUCACGCUCGACGAGAGGUGAAACGAAUUGAAGUGAGGCGAGAGUCGCGAGUCGAAACUGUCAAGACGAGAAAACGAGGCGGACGAAUCCAAGGCCGGCAGCGCCGCCAAACGUCAAACGUCAGCUGACUGCGCGGAGCAACCUGAACAUGUCGCGCUUCGCCUGAUCGGGCCUCCUCGCAAUCGUAGUGAACGGAUCGCCCGCGAUACUCGGAGUCUUUCUCUCUUCCUCUCUUCCUCUCGCGUCUGCCUCUCGGAUCCUGCGACUCCUGGAUGCGUCUGUUGACGUUUCGACGCGAUUAUGACGCGGUGCCCUCGUCGGUAUCCUCGUCGCCGAGGCCGAACAUAACCCCGAGACAAUGAACCAUCCUGCCGCCGAGGCUCUCUCCUAAUCGCGAGCGAGAAGCGGGCUCUUUUCGACGACGACGAUAGAUAAAGGAAGGCCAGAAGGAGAAGCAACAUGGGACUGCUGUUUGCCAAGCUGUGGAGCCUCUUCGGCAACGAAGAGCACAAGAUCGUUAUGGUUGGUCUGGACAACGCCGGGAAGACAACUAUAUUGUACCAGUUCCUGAUGAACGAGGUUGUCCACACGUCUCCGACUAUCGGAUCUAACGUGGAGGAAGUGGUGUGGAAGAACAUUCAUUUUAUCAUGUGGGAUCUAGGUGGCCAGCAGAGUCUGAGAGCCGCCUGGUCCACUUAUUACACAAACACCGAGUUUAUCAUUAUGGUCAUAGACAGUACAGAUCGGGAGCGACUCGGUGUAAUUAGGGAGGAGCUGUAUUCCAUGCUGAAUCACGAGGAGUUGAGCAAGGCCAAUGUUCUGGUCUACGCCAACAAGCAAGACUUGAAGGGCAGCAUGACAGCGGCUGAGAUUUCGCGACAGCUGGAUCUGACGUCUAUCAAAAAGCAUCAGUGGCACAUACAGAGCUGUUGUGCUCUCACGGGAGAGGGGCUGUACCAGGGUCUGGAAUGGAUCGUUGGACGCUUGAAAAAGACAUGACGUACAUUAUGAGAGUCUAUUAUAAAUCUAAUGAAAUAUCGAAAAUGUAAAAUAUAUUAUUAAGAUAAGUUUAUCUCACAAUUACACACUUUGACGGUUAUACGAAAGAGGAAAAUAGCCUGGGGACUAUUAUCGUAUUUCGUUAGUGAUUAUUUGAAAAUCUCCCGGUAUGACUCUCAAAGUGCAUCCGAACAGCGAGCAUUUUUAAACGAACGGUGGACGGGUGAAUCUGCCCUUUAGCUAUUAUAUUGUGCAAGAUAAGAUCUGAUAUAGAGGCAAGAGCGUUAUAAACGCGUGACUACUUAUGCGAUAGAGAGAAAGUUCGGUAUUAAUUAUUAUAUAAAAUGUGACUAGUACCAAGUUUUCUCUUAUCCAUCAAUACAGUCAAUAUGAAAUAAAAAUAGAAAAGAAUUAAGCGCGUAUAUAAGCAGAAAAUUAUCGUUUUUUUACUAUUUGAUGUUGAUUGUCAUAAUUAUAUCGAGUCCAACAGUUGAAUCACUUCCAUUAAGAAAGCUGUACCGAUUGCUCAUGCAAAUUAUUAGAUGGUGAAGGAGAUUUUUUUAUCCCGUCCACCGAUAUUCAGCGGUGGAAAAACAGGCAGAUGAGGAUAACUAACGUUAUUUGUACUCGGUUGACAUGAGAGCGCAACGGAAGUGCACCUGUGUACAUAGUUUUUUAUACUUCUCGUUAAGAGAGCGAGCUGAAAAAAGAAGAGGAGAUCAAAGUGGGAAAGGAAUGUCGAAUGGGAGAGGACGAGAUUUUACGCAAGAGCCCGAGCAGAUUCCCUUCAAGAUCACCCGAUCGAUGAGAAACCUUUCGUAGCAGAAUACGAACUGCUCUGUGAUACGUGGAUUCAAUUCUGAGACAGUUGUUUGCUGGACAGAUUACGAGAGAUGGAAGAAAAAAGGAUAACAGAUAAAGCCGAUAUAAUGCGUGAAGGAAGACUGAUAAUAAUUUUCAAGGUGUAACAACGCACAGAUAGUAUCGCGAUAGGUGAAUGAAAAGCUUUGAAUCAAAAAAAACUUGUUUGCCUACUCUUUUCAAUUUAUAUUCCAUUUUAAUCGUUCUGGAUCAAUCAAAAAGAGUCGCUUUAAUAGCAUCU